AUGACCCGGUUUCCUGACUCUGGAAAUGGAGAAACAAAGGGUGAGACUCAAUUUAAUUUUGGAGAUUCUGGUUCAAAUCAGUUUGGUGACAAUGGCCGUAGUGGUACAGGCUUUGAUGGAAAUGGAUUAGGUGGUUCUGGAAGCCCCAGUUCCAGUGCUCUAAGAGGAAAAGAGUGGAUUUGGUCUUCUGGUUCUGAAAGUGGAGGAAGAAGGAAGGGGGUAGCUGGACUUGGUGAUAGUGCUUCUGGACCAAACCAAUUUGGUGAAACGAGCCGUAGUGGUACACAAAAAGGAUCCCAUAUUCCAGAAGCAACUCCAAAGUACUCAGAAACAAAUGCAAUUAUUGGUGAAGCUUCUACUUGGGGCAAAGGAGCAUAUAAAGCUUUCAACGGCCGCAUCUUUUCCUUUGAGUCUUCAUGCACGUACACUUUCUGCCGUCACUGUGUUGAAUCUGGAGGAGAUUUCAAUAUUGAGAUCAAACGAAACGAUGACAGUGAGAUUGAAAAAAUAAUGGUUAUAAUUGACAAUAAUUACAUCUCUAUUUUUGGUGAUACUGUUUUAGUUCAUGGAGAAAGUGUGCAGAUACCAUAUAACAAUAAGUUGAUUCACAUUAAAAAAUAUGGAGAACAUAAUGUCCUGAAUAGCCGUAGAGGAAUCUUAUCUUUAAUGUGGGACAAAAAUAACAAACUCUCACUCACCCUUCACAAGCAAUAUCCAACUUGUGGUCUCUGUGGUAAUUUCAACAACACUCCAGGAGAAGAUAUCAAUGAGCACAUUGCCAGUAGUAAAAUUCCUGAUGAUUGUCCCAGAGCUUUUAGUAAAAGCUAUGAAAUUUGUCAAGAUGGAGUACAGGUCUAUCAGUCAGGAGAAGUCCGAGAAGGUCCUUGUGGUUCUCAGUGCACAUGCCAAGAAGCAAAGUGGUCUUGCACUGAAGCAUUAUGCCCUGGAAGAUGUAAGGUCGAAGGAAGUUCAAUUACCACCUUUGAUGGUGAAAAAUAUAACCAUCCUGGGAACUGUUACUUUUUGGCCAUCCAUGUAAGACUCUGUGGUUCCUAUAACAACAGAGCAGAGGAUGAUUUCAUGUCAAGUCAGAAUAUAUUGGAGAAGACGUCUCAGACAUUUGCUGAUUCUUGGGAAAUGAUGUCUUGUCCUAAAGGAAAACCCUCCUCAUGCAUCAGUAUAGAAAAAGAAAGUUUUGCUGAAAGUCACUGUGGAAUUCUUCUUGAUGCAAGUGGGCCUUUUGCUUCCUGCCAUCCAAUUGUGAAUCCUAAACCAUAUCUUGAGGAAUGCAAAAAAUACACUUGUGCUUGUGAAAACAGUGAAGAUUGCCUGUGUACAAUUUUAGGCAACUAUGUGAAAGCAUGUGCUGAGAAGGAAACAUACAUACUGGGAUGGAGAGCGGGACGAUGUGAUCAGUCUUGUCCAAGUGGCCUAGUUUUCAAGUACAAUGUAAAAGCCUGCAAUAGUUCUUGCCGAUCAUUGUCAGAGAGAGAUAGGAGCUGUGACGUAGAAGAUGUUCCAGUAGAUGGAUGCACUUGCCCCGAUGACAUGUACCAGAACAAUGAAGGAAAUUGUGUUCCGAAAUCCGAGUGUGACUGCUACAUAAAUGAUGAGGUCAUGAGACCAGGCAACCUCAUUGAAAUCGAUGACAAUAAAUGUGUCUGUCAAGAUGGGGUUCUUCUUUGCCAGAUUCCCAUUGAUUUAACCCAACAGACUUGUCCUGGAGGGGCUGAAUACGUGGACUGCAGUGAUCCUAAGGCCCAGAGAAGAGUUGACAGUACAUGCAGCACUCGGAACAUGCCUAAUUUUGAUGGAAACUUGCCUUGCAAACGUGGGUGCUACUGUCCAGUAGGAAUGGUUCGAAACUCUAAAGGGAUCUGUGUCUUUCCCAAUGACUGCCCAUGCUCUUUUGGUGGACGAGAGUAUGAACAAGGAAGUGUCACCUCAGUUGGCUGCAACAAAUGUACUUGCUUAAAAGGAUCUUGGAGUUGUACACAAAAUGAAUGUCAAGCUACCUGCCACAUCUAUGGGGAAGGUCAUGUUCGAACUUUUGAUAGAAACAGCUACAGCUUUGAUGGUCUCUGCCAGUAUUCAUUUGUGGAGGAUUAUUGUGGUCGUGAAAAUGGCACAUUCCGUAUUUUAACUGAAAGUGUCCCAUGCUGUGAAGAUGGGCUCACAUGCUCAAGAAAAAUCAUAGUUGCUUUGCAGGAUCAGAAUGUUAUCUUGCAGGAUGGUAAAGUAACAGCAAUUAAAACUACAGAAAGUAAGGAAUGUGAACUCAAUGGAAAUGCAUAUUCUGUACAUACCGUUGGCCUGUACUUGAUUCUGAAAUUUUCAGUUGGAAUAACCGUAAUUUGGGACAAAAACACAAGGAUGUCUGUUAUAAUGGAUCCACGCUGGAAUGGCAAAGUCUGUGGUCUUUGUGGAAAUAGCAACGGCGAUCUCAAGGAUGAUUUCACAACAAGAUACUCAUCGGUCGCUGCCGGAGCACUGGAAUUUGGAAAUAGUUGGAAAACAAGCCAAGAAUGUUCAGACACAGUAACUCAGACGUACCCAUGUGACUCAAACCCAUACUGUAAGGCCUGGGCUGUGCGGAAAUGUGAGAUCAUCCGGGACAGUACCUUCAGAGACUGCCAUAACAAGGUGGACCCCAAUACUUACUAUGAUGCAUGUAUCGAGGAAGCCUGUGCAUGUGACAUGGAGGGGAAGUAUCUGGGCUUCUGCACAUCUGUGGCUAUGUACGCGGAGGCAUGCAGCGCAGUUGGGGUCUGUGUCACUUGGAGAAAACCUGAUCUCUGUCCCGUCUACUGUGAUUAUUAUAAUGCACCUGGAGAAUGCAGCUGGCAUUAUGAACCUUGUGGUACAGUGACUGCAAAAACAUGCAAAGAUCGAGUCAUUGGCCAGAAAUUUUCUGCACUUUUAGAAGGUUGUUAUGCUAAGUGCCCGGACAGUGCUCCUUAUCUGGAUGAGAACACCAUGAAAUGUGUCAGUUUAUCUGAGUGCAGCUGCUUCUAUAAUGAUGUCAUACCAGCAGGUGGAGUGAUCCAAGAUAACUGUGGAAGAACAUGCUAUUGCAUUGCAGGAGAGUUGGCGUGCAGUGUUACUACAACAGCUACCUCCAUAUUAAACACCGAAGCAGGCGUUACAAAGACUCCGUUUGUCAUCACCUCCACAGCUGGAAGUGUAGGCACGACAGGAGUAAUGGAUGCCACGUUCACCAGUCCAUGGCGCCUAUCAGGGGCAACGGGAGGAUCAGCGAGUACAACCCCAGGAGCUAAAGAUGGAAUCACAGGUGACACAAGCUUCCUAAACGCUGGAUCAAAUGCCCCUACUGCACUGCAACCUGUAAGUGAGAAACACAGCACACCCAGGGAGCCAAGCACAGGAGCAACAAGCCCAGGAAAAUCAGGGACUACUGGAUCCUUAGCUGGUAAAACGACUAGAACACCAAGCAGUGAAGUGACACCAUCUGAAGGAACAACUGGAGGGGAAAAUGCAGCCACCACUGGAGCUUUUGGUGAAAACACUUCUGAAGCAUCAGGUACUGAAAGGAUAUAA